GUUUAUGAAAUAUCGCUCAUCAUUUUAUUAUUUAUUUUUGAUGAAAGGCCUGAAUUCCUUUGUAUUGUCUUUUAUUCUAAUUGUGUUUCUUAUUUAAUUGGAAUUGAUUAAUUAUGCAAACAAUCAAAUGUGUUGUAGUUGGUGAUGGAGCGGUUGGUAAAACCUGUCUCUUAAUUUCUUACACAACAAAUAAGUUUCCAUCGGAAUAUGUUCCAACAGUAUUUGACAAUUAUGCGGUCACUGUUAUGAUCGGUGGUGAACCUUACACCCUUGGAUUAUUUGAUACUGCUGGUCAAGAAGAUUAUGAUAGAUUGCGGCCCUUAAGUUAUCCACAGACCGAUGUUUUUCUUGUCUGUUUCUCUGUUGUAUCACCUUCUUCAUUUGAAAAUGUUAAAGAAAAAUGGGUACCCGAGAUAACCCAUCAUUGCCAAAAAACACCUUUCCUUUUAGUUGGUACACAAACUGAUCUUCGAGAUGAUGCUGCGACCGUUGAAAAGUUAGCUAAAAACAAGCAGAAACCGAUUACUCUGGAACAAGGAGAAAAAUUAGCAAAAGAAUUGAAAGCUGUUAAAUAUGUUGAAUGUUCGGCUCUUACUCAAAGAGGAUUGAAAAAUGUAUUCGAUGAAGCAAUUCUGGCCGCUUUGGAACCACCCGAACCUAAACCAAGACGUCGCUGCAACAUCCUUUAAAAUCACAACAAAAUUUCAACACAAACACAACAACAACAACAACCACACACACAUACACACAUACAACAACAAAAAAUCAAAAAAAAAUCGGCUUAUAAGGGAGAGAGAAUAAAAUAAAAACUUUAAAUGAAAUAAAUAAAAGCUUUUUUAAUUAGUUGUUUUGUAAA